AUGAAAGAAAAGGUACCUCCAUAUUUAAAGCAGAAUAGUACAUGCUUAAAUGAUAUAGUAGAUAAUGAGGAGGUAAAUGAUGAAGGAUCAGAAGAAUUUAAAAGUACAAUAGAUGAACCUAUAAUUCAGGAAAAUAAUGUAGUUGAAGUUAAUAAUGAGUGUGAACAUUAUAUUUUAUCAGAUAGUUCUUUUGAUGAAUCUCGAUAUUCUUUUUCUGAAAGUAUAAUUUCUUCUUAUUCUUCUAGUCGUAGUUCUGAAAGUGUGGUAAUAAAUUAUCCAUUUAGGACUUUUACAAUAUAUAGAAGCAAAAGGGAUAUAUAUGCACUUUUAAAUUCUUUCUAUGAAUUGCCAAAUGACUCUGAUAUUAUGCGAAUAUGGUAUAAAGCAUUAUAUGUGGCAAGGUAUUCAACUGAAAUGAAAGAGAACUUAAAGAAUUAUAUGUGGUGUUAUUUCGCAAAAUAUCCCAAAAAUAUAAUAUGUAAAUAUAAGGAAUGCAUUGACUUAAUUGGAAGAAAAUUUUCGAACGAAAUUUCAUUUAGAAUGUAUCCUUAUAUAAUAAAAUAUAAUAGAAGGUUCAGAAAAUUAGUUCAAUCGAAAGCACAACUAUAUAUUAUUGUAAAUUUUAUAUAUAAUUUUACAGAAUUUUUGGAUGCAAUGAAAAAAGAAAUAUAUCUUAAAUACAAAAGGGACUGUUUUAAAUAUAUUUGUGUAUAUUUCGAAAAAUAA